GUUUUCUUCGAUGAAUCAAAGCCUCUUAGCACAACUCAUCAUCCCAUCUUUAACCAAUCUUGGCACUAAAAAAAGCCAAAAGUAAACCCUCUUUACGAUAGCCAGCUAAUACUCUUUACCUUCCUAAUCAAACAAGCUUCAUUGCCAAGAAAAGCUGUGAAUCCACUCCAAUAAGUACGUGAACAAACACCCAUCCUCUGCCAGUUGUAAUGAACUUGGUUUUCUCUCUUGAAGGCUGAAUUUCAGUGUGGCUGUGAUUGAACUGUUGCCAAGUGAAAUAGUACAUUUUGCUUACUGUUCUGUUGUGAAAUCCAUCUUUGAAGUCCCUGAAGCCCUAUUUCUUCCCCUGGUCCAAGAAAAGGAGUACUGUAAACAUAUAAACAAUGUCCUUAACGGUGACAGUCUUAUUUGCCGUUCUUCUUCAUGGCGGUGUCACCUUGGCUUCUGACCCCGAUCCGGUCCGUGACUUCUGCAUAGCCAAUACAGAUUCCGCAACCGACAUCCCAUGCAAGAAUUCAUCAGAUGCCACUGUAGAGGAUUUCAUAUUUUCUGGGAUUAAAUCUCAUGGGAAAUUCAGCGAAACCGGGCUAGCAUCCAUCCCUGUCAAUGUGAAUAACUUCCCGGGCCUAAACACACUAGGUGUGUCGCUUGUUCGUGCAGAUUUUGAAGCUGGUGGUGUCAACGUGCCUCAUUUCCAUCCAAGAGCAACAGAGGUUGCAUAUGUGCUUGAGGGGAAAAUUUAUUCAGGGUUCGUCGAUACACAGAACAGAGUUUUUGCUAAGGUGCUUGAAAAAGGUGAAGUCAUGGUGUUUCCAAGGGGGCUAGUUCACUUCCAAAUGAAUGUUGGAGAUAAACCAGCAACUAUCCUGGGCAGUUUUAAUAGCGAAAAUCCAGGAUUGAUGAGGAUUCCAACUGCAGUUUUCGGAUGUGGAAUCAAGGAAGAGCUUUUGGAGAAGGCUUUUGGUUUGAGUGUUAAGGACAUCUCCAAGGGGAGGAAAAACUUGCAUUUGUGUUAGAAAGGCUGAAGGCUGUUGUUCGAUUCCAAAUUCACCAGAUUAACAAGUCUCUGCCAUUCAACCUGGACCAUGCGAGUGGUAAAAUAAUCAUUAUAUUGUAGCAGAUUUUUAUUCCGCUAGACUUUAAUGCAAUUAUUUACAAAUCA